CGAAGGUGGAUGACAGACACAAAGCCAGACAUCCAGACGACGAGAAAGAAGAAAAAAAAGUGUGCAAAAGAAAGGUUGUGCAGCUGCUGCUUGCUGGGAGAAAAGUGCUUUUUUCUGAUCUCUUGUGUCGUUGCAGCAGUGAAAUUAGUGCUCAUUUCAUUAAUUUAGUGAUCUUCCCAUUUUGAAUGCAUGUAUUAAGUUUUUCUUAGAGCUCGUCAUUGCUUCCCAUCGGACGACCGGUCGUGUUUACAAACGAUUUUUUUCUACGGCUGAACUUUCUCAUCCCAAAGAGUUGCUGCUUCUGCUUUUGCUGAUAUCUCCGAGGUGGAAAAACCCGAAAUGACUUCGACGACGCUUCCUACAAUCUGCAAGGACCUAGACGGUGACGACCGGUGGCUAAGUGUGCACAAACGUUUCGUGCAGGAAUGCAAGGAGAAGGAUCCGGACGUGAUGUUCAUCGGGGAUUGCAUCCUGGAGUCGUUGCAGUUUACCGAAUAUUGGAACAGUAACUUUGUGCCGAUGCAUUGUUUGAAUUUUAGCAUACGAAACGACCGGAUUCAGAAUGUCCUCUGGAGGUUGCAGAACGGGGAGCUGGAAAACGUGAAACCGAAGGCCAUUGUGCUGCACGUUGGGACGAACAAUAUUAGCGACAGUGCCGAAGAGGUGGCCGAAGGACUGCUGGAACUGGUCAAGACGAUCCGGAGUAAGCUGGCCGACGUUUAUAUUGUGAUUCCGACCCUUCUUCCACGUGGCCACCAGCCGAACGCUUUGCGGGACAAAAACGGUGCCGUCAAUCAGCUGCUCAAGGAACGCUGCGUCGGCAUGAACAAGGUGCAGAUCGUCUGCGUGGACUCCGGCCUAAUACAGAGCGAUGGCACCAUCAGCCACCACGACAUGUUCGACUACCUAAAUCUGACCAACGUUGGCUGCAAGAAGGUGUUCGAACCGGUUUGGGACCUGCUGCAACAGAUACUGACGGAGAACGAGAAGGAACGUGACCUCACCCCAUCGGAGUGAACCGUGCUGGAAACGAGUCAAUUGAUGAAAGCAACACGCAUUGGAUCGGAAGCAGCAAUGGUGGAGCUGUGCAACAUUUUCAUAAUCAUACAUUAAUAGGUUUUAGUUUAUUCGUUUUGUUUCGCUUGCAGCCGAUAAGGUAGGAAUAAAGUUUGGUAAAAUGUAUCACAACAAUUGCACAUUCCCCUUGAUUACGGUAGAAAAGCUUAUUCGAAUACAUUGAUUCACGCUAGGUUUAUGAUUGUAUUUCAUAUUGAUGAUUAUUUUCACACAAACACACAAUGAUAUUAUUUAUUACACGAAUCGAUUAUUAUUUAUUAGGCUUAAUGCUAGUUUUAUAUUGAAAAGGUCAAAGAUUUUUCUUCUCUAGUAACAUAUUUAGAUAUAUGCAUUAUGUGUUAAAAGUAGCUUCCAAUAAGUUCUGCUUAACUCCAAGAAAACCCCGUACUAGGCUAGUUGUUAGGGCUUCAACCCAUUCCGUAGACUUGUCUUCUUAGAUGUAGUAAUUCUUCAAACGAUUCCACCUUACCUCACAAUAACAUAACAAAAAACGAAUGUUUCCACGAGUGAAAAACUAGAAUUUACUAUGAUCUCAACUUUGAAGAACUGAAAUCUACGAAGAAAUACAAAUCUACUAAGCAGAAUUGCAUAUUUUCUAAAGUACAUGAAGAACAAUAUUACAUUCUAUUGUUAAACCUACAAUUGCAAAACCGGAACAUUAAAUUUGUAGUGCGAUAAUCAAAAAGACUUUUAAUUGGACUUGAGCAACUAAAUAACCAAAAAAACAUUAAGCGCAUUGGAACCAUAGACAAAAGAUUUCAAAUAUCCGGUGCAGCGUACGGUUAGUCCGUACUUUUCGAAUACUUUUUAAUCUAGUUGACAUUUUGUUAUAAUUACAUUUUAACGCCUUACAUUCCAAUAACCGAUAUACUUACCCAUACCUAAGUACUAAUUUCAACUGCAAGUUUGUUCCGAGUCGUAACUCGAAACCGGAUUCAAGUACACAUUCCAAAGAUAACGGUUGGACACUGAUGCCUGAUGAAGUGAAAGGAUGAAACGUCAGGGCGAAAUGUUGAGCUCUGUAAAUGAGGCACCGGAGAUGUAUGGAUGAAUGAAUAACCCCAAGAUUGAUUAGAUGGAAAUAAAGAUGCUGUGCAGUUAAUUUGCUAUUGA